UGGAGGAAGUGCUCAACGGGGCAGUUGCCAGCCAGCCGCCUGUAGAGAAAGAGAAAGAGUCCACACGAGAGCACGAAGCAACGCGACCCAAUUCCCCCGGAGAGAGGAGAGCAAGGGAAGGGAACAAGAGAGGCACGGGACGCGAGAAGAGAGGGAGGGGGGCGGAGGAACCAACCAACGGCACUCCAUCAGCCGCCGCGUCCCCCGAGGGAGCCAGGCCAACAUACAAUCGCAAGACGACGACGGGGGGCAGGGGCGUCGUGAGUGCUGGCUCCUGACAGGGCUAGGCUAGAGAGAGAUGAAGGUAUCGAAGAAGCAGCGGGAGCAGGAGGAGGAGGGGGCCAUGGAUUCCGCCGGUGCCGGAGUGGGGAAGGGAGCGGAGGAGGGGGUCGCUGGUGGAGGUGGCGGAGGGGGGACGGUGGUGGUGGGGGUGCGGGCGGACGCGGAGAGCAGGGCGCUGCUGACGUGGACGUUCGUCAAUGCCGUGGCGGCCGGGGACCGCGUGGUGGCCGUCCACGUCGUGCUCGCGUCAGGGGCGGAGGCGGCCGCCGCCGUCGACUUCGACUCCAUGCUCGCCGUCUACGAGGGCUUCUGCAAUCUCAAGCAGAUCAAUCUGAAGGUGAAGAUUUGCAAGGAUUCAUCGGUUCGCAAGGCGCUGGUUCGUGAGGCCACCUUGUUUGGGGCCUCAAAGGUUGUCCUGGGCAUCACCAAGAAGAAGCGGGCAAUUGCCUCCUCGCUGUCCGCUGCCAAGUAUUGCGCAAAGAAACUGCCUGCAAAGUGCGCGAUCCUCGCCGUGAACAGCGGCAAGAUUGUCUACCGGAGAGAAGCGAAUGGCCACUCUGGCAAGGUAUCGGCGGAGGUUCCUGGCUGCGGGGAAGAUGAGAUGUAUUGCGUAUUGCCGUUCCGAGCCUCUGAGGUCAAAGAGAGCACAUUGCCUUGUGAUGAACCCAAAGACGGCGGUGGGGGCGACGAAGCUCAGCAUGAUGUUGGCACAAUGGGCAGUCAGUCAGAGGAAAUCGUCUCUGAAGAACAGCGUCCCUCCAUCGUGAAACCUUCCGAGUUGUUGACAGAUCAGGUUCAGAGUGAUGCAGAUUCUUCUGUUAAGGCUGAAGAGGUUCAGAAUGAUGCAGAUCCUUCUGGUAAGGCCGAAGAGUCAACCAUGGACCAGAAAGAUGAUAUCUCUGAUCUUCCAGGUGAGGGUGCCAGUGUCCUGUACUGCGUGUUACCGGCGAGGGAUGACCAUUCAGUUGCUAGUUCUUCAAGUCGGCAACACAAUGAUUCGAUUGAUCCACCAGCUGAAGUGGAUGGAGAGCUGUACUGCAUAUUGCCGCCAAGAAAUGGUCAUUCAGGCAGGAGUAGCAAUGGUUCUAAACGUUCAACUAUAAGUCAGAAAGACGAUAACUCUGCCAGCCUGUCGCCUGGGGGUGAUGGUGAACUGUACUGCCGGCUGUCAGGGAAUAGGCGUUCAGGUGGGAGCUCUGGAGGAUCCAAGCGUUCUGUUGGCGUAAGGGGUAUGAUUAGGGCCAUUAGGCGCAGCAGUAGUUUCUCCAGUGAUAUUCAAUUUAACUUGGAAGCAUCAGCUGACAAGAGGGAUGACUCGGUUUGCACGAGUGCCACUGAACGUACUUCUUCCACCGCAUCUACAGAACUUGAGGAUUUGCCAAAGGACUCUGCACAUAAUGUGGAAACGCCCUCUAGUUCUCCAAUGUCUCUGAGAAGGAUGAUAGAAGGAAGGUCUGAUCGCUGUCGCCUGCGAAGGAGAAUCUUCAACCACCAAAGAAGCUCAUCUUUUGAAUGGGCCAAAGUGUCUAUGGUUCAGUGGGCGAUGAGGCUUCCAAGCCGCUACAAUUCUAUCCACCCGGACAACAAAUCCCUGAAAUCUGAUGCAAGUUCAAUGCUAGAAUGUGAAUCCACUUCACCCGUUGAGCCAGAAUCUACCUUCUCUUUCUCUUUGUAUGAUGUGGCAUGGCCUCCAAGUGAACUGGAAUCUCUUAAAGAAAAAUAUUAUUCAGUCUGUAGGCUGUUUAGUUAUGAAGAGCUGAAACUUGCCACGUCAAACUUCUCACCAGAUAUGUUGAUUGGGAAGGGAGGAACUAGCCACGUUUACAAGGCACAAUUAGUUGAUGGCACCUUAUAUGCCGCUAAGAUUCUGAAACCCUCGGUUGAUGCAUUACAGGAGUUUAUUACAGAGGUUGAGACCGUUACCAGUUUGCAACAUGAGAAUAUCGUCUCACUGAGGGGAUUCAGCUUUGAUAACUACAGUCUUGUUUUGGUGUACGAUUACAUGCACCAGGGUAGCCUAGACAAAGCACUUCAUGGCAAGUGUGAGAACAGUCUUAGCUGGGAGAAGAGAAAUAAGAUAGCAAUCCACAUUGCAACGGCACUAGAGUUUCUGCAUCAUGGUGGUCUCACCCUAUCUGUGAUUCAUGGAGAUGUAAAAUCUGCAAACAUCCUCCUCUCGGAAAAUUUUCAGGCCCAGCUGUGUGAUUUUGGGCUGGCAAAGCAUGUGUCAGCUUCAACUCCCCACCUAACAUGCACUGACAUCACAGGGACUUUCGGGUACUUGGCUCCUGAGUACUUUUCACACGGGAAGGUCAAUGAGAAAAUUGAUGUGUAUGCGUUUGGGGUUGUAUUACUAGAGAUUAUUUCAGGAAGGAGACCCAUUACAACAGGAUGCGCAAAGGGUCAGGAAAGCCUGGUUGGAUGGGCAAGGCCACUACUAUCAAGUGGGGAAAUCAAACAGGUCGUUGAUCCAGUUCUCGGAAACAACUACGACUGUGAUGAAAUGGAGAGGAUGACGCUCGCCGCUUCGCUGUGCACGAGGAUGUCUUCUUAUGCUCGGCCAGAAACACCGCUGGUGCUGAAACUCCUUCAAGGGGACGACGAAACAAUCCACUGGGCGAGGUCACAGCUCACCGCCGGUUCGGAUGUUUCGGACGAGGAGGCGGUGACACCGGGCUCGAACAUGCAGUCCCACCUCAACCUGGCGCUGCUAGGCGUGGACGAGGACGACACGAUUUCGCGCAGCAGCACCGAGCAGACCGUGGACACCUACUGGAGCCGGUCCUCGAGCUUCGACUAGCGAAUGAAACUGAGCUGUUUGUACUGUAUAGUUAUUGAUCCUGUCCUGACAAUUGCUGUCGAUUGGUUGGAGUGGGGGUGACUGAUUGCAGUUGCAGUUCAGGCAUUGGGGAAGAUUAUUCUUGGUGGGUUGCUCAUGUAGAUGGCUAAUUUAGGAUGUAGCUUUUGUAGCAGUUGUAGAUCUGCUAAACCUUUGCUGGCCCUGGGUGCCAUAAUCUAAUGAUAUGGUUUUUAAGCUCCUGGUGGGAUGCCAUUGAUCAUUAAA